AAAGCGACCUCCUCCCACGCAGGUAAGGCUGCCCGCCCUCGCGCUCUCGACUCACCGUCCCCUCCUCUCUCUCCCUCGGGCGCCGAUCUCUCGACCAACCGCCGGUAAAUGGCAUUGGCAAGGUCACGCGCGCGCGGCUGCAUUUUCACUGGAUAUUCUCCCGCCCCUGGAGGCAUAAGACACGGUCAAAUUUGGCGCCCGGGCUGCGAGGGGCAGCUCCUUCCCGAUCAAUUUGUAGGCGGCUUGCCCCAGACCGGAGGCGCGUCGCAACGAUAGCGUAUAUAAGGGCGCCGAUGACCUGAGGGGCGCCUUUUCACUGCCCUGCCUCGGAUUCUGCGCUCGCAAACGACCUCCCCCCUCCCCUGACCUGUACAUAGCGCCCGCGCCCAGCGCGCGCCGGCCAUCAUGGCGCCGCUGAGGGAAGUGGACUCGAUCUUCAUUAGCGCGUUCCUCUCGACGUUUUUCUAUGGAGCGUAUCUCGCAGUUGCGUACGAGUGCUCGCGCGUGCUCUGGAGGCGGAGGAAACGACAUCGGCGAACGCACAUAUAUCUCAUUGGAACUCACGUCGCGCUAUUCAUCUUCACUAGUAUGCGCUGUAUCAUAGUCAUGUAUCGCACGCUCUUCGCCCUGCGCUUCAACCAGAAGCCUGACGGAACCAUCGACCGCGGACCCAUCAACGGUAAACUCGCGAUGACAUCCAAUGCCUGCUGGGUGCUUUCCAUCCUCAUCUCAGACGCCUUUAUUGUAUACCGUGUUUCCGUCGUCUGGCGAAUGCGCUGGCUAGCAAUCAUUGGACCGUUCAUCGCCUGGUUGACAAAUAUAGCAUUCGGCAUCUACUUCAUGACGGCGCUCACGAAGUACGGGUCAGUGGAGACAAGCAACAUAUUUGCUGGUCCGUUGACCUCGUCCAACGUGAUGUUCUGCGUUUGUACACUGGUGAUCAACCUCAUGUCGACCUUGCUCAUCGCCGGUCGCAUUUGGUGGGUACGGCGCUCGGUGCAAUACCUCAACGGCGACGCCCGAGACGCUGUCAACAGUCUGGUAACUGUCCUCCUCGAGUCCGCCGCCUUCUACACCGCGGUCCUCAUCAUGCACAUCGUCUUCCUCUCCAUCAACUCCAUCCUCAACUUCAUCUGCAUUGACAUCGAGACGCCGGUUAUUGGGAUCGUCUUCUCCUUCAUCAUCAUCCGCGUCUCCGAGGGCACCGCGCACGGCAACACCAGCGACGGCGAGCCCACCAGCGCAGGCACCUCCGGCCCACGCAGCGGCACCCGCACGCGCUGGACGUCCGGCAACCGCAACCACGACAUCGACACGACCGGCACGAUUGACGUCGCCAUCCGGCUCGAGACCGUCACGCACCGCGACGGGGAGGAAUUCGUUGAGGACUCGCAUUCGACAGGGAAGGGCAAGCAGGGGACGGAUUCAUGGUGACACCAGGACUAGGGACUUCAACUGGGCAUGUGGGCUUCGACGCGCCCGGGAUUUGACUCGCACACGCUCUGUACUAUUCCACGCAAGCGUCGCAGGACGCCGGGCACAAGGGCUAUUGGGAAUUUUGUUGUCGCAUCUACAUUCAGUACGUUAUUGGGGCUCACCCUUUGCACGACCUCGCGCUCCUUGUAGUAUACAUUCGUUGGUACAUGCAUCACUGUGAAAUCUGCAUUGGUGUCCAUAGUUUGUAUACCCAGCAUCACGCGCUUUCACGACAUACGAGUGGGAUGUAUGGACAUGACGGUGUUCAGUUGAAGGUUGCCUACGAGAAGGCGC